AUGGACACCCGGGUCAAGACCAAGUUCCUCAUCCUCUCUGACACCGACUGCUGCAAACCCACAAAGCACACCAUCCCAGACCUUUUUAUCGCCGGCAACCACGACUUCACCCUCGACCCCCUAGCCUUCCUCCCCAAGACCACCUCCAGCCAAGGCGUUUUCCAAGCCCCCGCCGGAGCAGCCACCUCCCUCCUUGAAUCCGCCUCCUCAGAAAACAUUAUUUUUCUUGACGAAGGCACUCGUACUCUUGCCCUCGCAAACGGCGCCCUGCUGACGGUGUAUGCAAGCCCUUACUCCCCCUCAAGGGACAACUCCAUGGCGCUCACUCACAACCGGAAGAAAGGUCAUACAUUCAAGAUCCCGAAGGAGGUGGAUGUGGUGAUCACCCACUCCCCACCGCGUGGCAUCCUCGGUAAAGACUCCAACAGCAAGCAAGCCGGAUGCGACUGCAUCUACGAUGCCAUCGCGACAGCUAGACCAAAGCUGCAUUGUUUUGGGCAUAUACAUGAGGGUUGGGGGGGCUGA